AUGCUAAAUGAACUGACAUCCGAGCUGGGCAGAAGGAAACCAGCGGUUUGGAAAGCAUACAGGAGCAUCGAAGAUGCAGUGAAAAGGAUUAAGAACAUCUGGCUCUGUGCUCACCUACUCAACAUUACCGCACUUACUGCUUUGAGCUAUUCUUCAGAAACCUGGGCACUUCGCAAGCAGGAAGAAAAAGCACUGAACGUCGCUGAAAGCGCAAUUGAAAGAGUGAUGGUAAGAGCAUCCCGCUUCACGCGAAUGAAGGACGGGAUUCGAAGUUCUCUGCUAUGUUGGCGAUCGAAUAUUAGACAUGCCGCCGCAUUUGCCAAUGAAAGCAAAGCAUAA